GGAGAAUAAUUAACCCCGGGCGGGGAGGAGGGUGGGAGGCCUCGCGCUCCUGGGCAGUUGCGGACGCCAUGCGGGUGGCGGUGUUCACUGUCGAUGCUUUCACGGCGGAGCCGUUCGGUGGGAACCCGGCCGCGGUCUGCCUGCUCCACGGUGACUUAGAUGAAGACAUGCACCAAAAAAUUGCAUCAGAAAUGAACCUCUCAGAAACUGCUUUCAUCAGAAAACUGCACACCAAAGAUGACUUUACCAAAAGUUCCUGCUUCGGAUUAAGGUGGUUCACACCAACUAAUGAGGUCCCUCUUUGUGGUCAUGCAACCCUAGCAGCGGCUGCCGUAUUAUUCAAUAUACAAAAAAACAUGAAUUCAUCUCUGACUUUUGUAACACUGAGUGGAGAAUUAAAGGCUAAACAAGAAAAAGAUCAUAUUGUCCUGGACUUACCUCUUUAUUCAACCUACCCACAGGAGUUUCAGGAAGUAGAAGAGCUAGUAAAGACAGCAGUAGGUCAUAUGGUUGUUCAAGACCUUCGCUAUUCUCCUGACACAAAAAAACUCCUAGUCCGUCUCAGCGAUACUUACGAAAGGUCUGUCUUGGAGAAAUUGAAAGUGAAUGCCCAAGAUCUUGUGCCAGCUGAGAAGACAGGAAAGGUGAAAGGGUUAAUACUGACGCUUAAGGGAAGUUUGAGUGAAAAACAUAAAAAUUACGACUUUUAUUCCCGAUACUUUGCACCAUGGAAUGGAGUUCUGGAAGAUCCUGUUACAGGAUCUGCCCAUGCUGUUUUAGGCAGCUACUGGUCACAGCACCUUGGUAAAACUGAAAUGCUUGCUUGUCAGUGUUCUCACCGUGGAGGGGAAAUGAAGAUAUCACUACAGAGUGAUGGAAGGGUUGACAUCACUGGUCAAGUAGUUAUUGUCUUAACAGGCAAUUUGACAUUCUGAAGGGAAUCAGCACUAACAGCUCCAUCUGUCUGAGCUUCAAAUUAUUCAAAUGGUAUCUGGUUAUAUUUUGGUCUUAAAGUGCAACUCAUCAUCACUGUCUUGUGGAACCCUUAAUUCUUAAUUGUUUCCUCCCCACUUCAGAGAUUACUUGAAAAUUGUCAUUCAGGUUUUCAGGGUGUUCAGUGGAUUUCUCUUGAUCCUCCCGUAUCCUUCUAAACUAAAUGAUUCUUUUUUGUUUCUUUUAAAUCCCAGAUUUUUUCUUGCCUUGUGCCUUUCUGCAGGUAUAGAGUCUUUUCUCACACUGUCCAGUAACAGUCUUCUUGUAUUCCAACUCCUGUGAUCUCCUUUUUAUGUUCAGACCCAUCUUAAAAGCUAUUUCUGGUCUCUUUCACUCGCUCAUAAAAUAAUUAAGUCCUUUCUUCAUGUUCAGUCUCUCUUCCUGAAGUCUGACUAUUGUUCCUCUUUUUUCCUUUUCCCUGCAUCCUGUCUUCAAUAAUUUACUUGAUUUAAAAUGCGAAAACUAAUUGUAUGUGAAAUCCUCUUUCUUUCUUCUCUUUUUAAUUAUGCUUUUCAAGAAUGAAUUAUAUUGAAGAAGCUCGUAACAUUAAAUCUUGAUAUGAAAUUUUUGGUUGAAGAACACAGAUGGCUACACUAAGCUACUUCUAUUAAAUGCUUCAAAAUCUGAAGCUUUCCUCCUAGUUCAGAAGUCCUUUCUGCAAUGUCCUCUCUGUGCAACAUUAUCUCUAAUCUUAUGUCAGCUAUUUUCUUGAGUCUUUACUUUGCUGCUGUUUUGGUGUUCUCUCAAUUCAUCAUUUAGGAAUAGAAGACUCUUUCAGUUGUCAUGGCCAGUUUAUCUACCACUCUUUCUUCCUCUUUCCAAGUCACCUUUUUUCUAAAUUUUGCUUUAAGUCUUUCAUUUUUUUCUUUUAUUUUGUAAUCAUCUCUCAGAGUGUACAGCAUUUUUAAUUCAAAGGUAUUGUCAUCCUGCAUGAUCAGUUGGCAGUAAUUUACAUGGCUUAUAUAUAGUGCAGAGAUUGGCUGGCUAUACUUAAGGUGAACUCCAGUACUGUCAUUACUUCGUGAUUUUCAUCUUGAUAAUCUCCAAAGCACCUGGAGAUGAGUAAAGAUGUACAAAUUUCAGAUUUCAUUUUAAAAAGUAAGUUUCUCACCCUCAUAGUUGCAUAUAGAAUAUUGAUAAUGUGACUUGAAUAUCUUAAAGGCUCACAGCCAGAAGGUAAACAAAAGGAACCUCCAAUUAAAAAUAAAAUAAAAAAUCUCACAUGUGCUUUGAGCCUGGCUUAUGAAUUUUGAAUAUUUGAAGUUUUAGUACUGAAACUCAAACAUGAGGGAGGGCACUGGAGUCAGCCUAGGAGGAGCAUGUCUUGCAGCAAAUUGAAAAUAACCUGCCCACUUUUGGAGAUGCACUGCUCACUCAAGACCCCUGGUAGACCAGCAAAUGUAGGCAUCUUGCUUUGCUUCAUUCCCCAUUGCAGGCAGGUUACUCAGGGAGUGAGAGUGACCCACAAUCUAAUCUGAGAAAUGUUUUUAGAAAAACUCCUUUAGAAUGUUGAUGCAUAAAAAAGCAAUUAUUGUUCACCUGUCCAGAUUUAACAAAUAGACAGUACAGCUUUCUCCCCCAAGGGGACUAAUAAUCAACAAAGCCCAAUAACUUUUAAAUGUGCCUGCUAUCUAAAUCUUCCUGACCAAACCAAUAUACUUGCUGCUUAAUGCAGUUUUUUUGUAGUUUAUUUUUUCUUAGUCUCCAUUUCUGUUCAGUAUAGAAAAAUCAUCAGAGCUCAGGUGGGAGACUCUGCAGUAAUGUGUUUGUAAUCAACAGAUUAGUUAAUCAGCUAUGAUUUAUUAAUGAUGAAUUAAUUAUACCUGAUUGUGCAGUUCUGCUGGCUAAAUGGAGCUUUAAAGGGGUUAUUUUAUUAAUCAUCACUGUGCUAAUUGCAGACACUUACAGGAGGAUCACUAAUUAAACAUGCAACCAUAUGCAAAACAAGCUAGGCUGCUGAGUGCGGCAAGAAUAAGAACACUCAUUUUCUGACUAACAAACUUUAUUUUCCAUGAAAUAUUAUGUAGUUGACCUGGUGAUGCUAAUUACUCACCAAGAAUUAUUUUAAUAUGUUACACAUUUUCAGUCAGCAAAAAAAGGAAAUUGAUCUUUAAAC